AUGAGUUAUACGACGACGGUGGAGAGUGAUGAUGGUAUGCACUCAAGCAUCUAUGAUGAAUCACCAGCUGCUGAUAAAGUUGGCAAAGGCUGCAGAAGUAGAGGGAAAGGACGUUUCCUGAAGAAAGGACCGUGGACCGCAACCGAAGAUGGGAUUUUGAUUGACUAUGUGAAGAAGCACGGCGAGGGUAACUGGAAUGUUGUGCAGAAACAAACGAGCCUGGCUCGUUGUGGCAAAAGCUGUCGUCUGAGAUACGCUAAUCAUCUGAGGCCAAACCUGAAGAAAGGAGCAUUUAGCCAAGAAGAAGAACAGCUCAUUGUUGAAAUGCAUGCCAAAGUGGGAAACAAAUGGGCUCAGAUUUCAGAUCAUUUACCUGGUCGAACGGAUAAUGAGAUAAAGAACUAUUGGAACACUCGUAUCAAGAGGCGACAACGAGCAGGGUUGCCACUUUACCCUCCUGGUAUCCAUGCUGAGGAUCUGCAGUGGAGUGAAGAGUACACAACGAGUAAUUUCGUCAGGGUGGAUAGAAGAAGAUAUCAAGAUUUCUUGCAGUUUGGGAAUUCCAAAGCUAAUGUGCUAUUUGACGAUCUAAAUUUUGCUACCAGCUUGUUUCCUAGAGCUUCUGAUAUAUUUGCAUGCAACAUUCUAGGCACUGGUGCAAGCUCUUCCCGGUACGAAAGCUACAUGCCACCAAUACUGCCUUCCCCAAAGCGAUCCCGGUUUCCCAUGUGCAGCAGUAACAUAAAGCAUGAAUACCAAUCUCCGGUACAUUUUCAGAUGACUGCUCCACCAAAGACUCCUAGAUCUUGCGGUAUCUCGCCUUGUGACGUCGAUCAUCCUCCUUACGGUUCAGUAGAUACGAUGAUUCCGAAUAGCCAUACCUUUACGGAUGGCAUGCUUCCUACUUCUAAGCCCUCGUUUGGGGCAGUGAAGCUGGAGCUCCCUUCAUUCCAAUAUUCAGAAGCUAGUACGUUUGAUCAGUGGAAGACGACACCGUCCUCUCCACAAUCAGAUCUCCUUGACUCUGUCGAUGCCUAUAUUCAGUCUCCACCAGCGUCGGAGAUAGAAGAGUCGGACUGUUUCUCUUCAUGCGACACCGGCCUACUAGAUAUGUUACUUCACGAAGCCAAGAUGAAAACUAGUGCGAAGCACAGUUUGUUCUUGUCAUCAUCUGAGAAGAGCUUCGUUUCAACUACUUGUACAGCUGAUGAUGUUACUCAAAAUCUACCAUCAGCUGAGUUUGAUGAUUCCCAAGAGAAUCUGGCUCGCUCAAAUCAGCUUAGCGCAGGGAACGUUGUAAAGAGAGAAGAGUAUGAACAGGUUUGGGAAGCAAAGAGAGUUGAUAUAACGACAAGGCCUGAUGUUUUACUUGCGUCGAGCUGGCUUGACCAAAGCUGUUUAGGGAUUGUUGGAGACUCGAGCAGCAUGAGCGAUGCGCUUUCGCUUCUUCUUGGUGGUGAAGACAUUGGAAACAGUUACAACAUGACUGUUGGGUCAUCAUCAGGUCAAGCACCACCACGAGGCGUUGGGUCUUCUUGCUCAUGGUCUAAUAUGCCUCCUGUUUGGUCACUGUAA